UAACUUUUUUUCCGCCACAACAGGCAGAGACUAAUAUGGAGCGUCUGCCGCAUAUCGUGGAAGAUUAAACGGUUGUAUUGUUUGCGUUAAUCAGACGUUUGUGAAUUAUGAGCAAUAAGCCUUUUAGCAUAUUUUGUCAUUGAAAACUGCACUUACUAAGUUACCAGAUACUUGUUAAAUCAGCAGGGCAUUUGUAGCAACACAUUCUUGUGUUACUCCUGCGUGAUUGCUACUUACCUCUAUAGUUUAAUUUGCUAUCCCUUUAAUUUCGUGAGUGAUCGGUGGAUACAGCGCAUUUGGUUAAUUUUUCGAAUGUAUUCCAACAGUAUUUCUGUUAACCUGUCUCAUCGUACAAAAUCUCCGACAGCAAAAUCGGACGACGCCGACACCAUGGAGCAUCCUGAGCGCGAGCCGAGGAGCAACCUGGACGAUCUGCACCACCUGAACAACAUGGCCGUGCAGCUCUUCCGCAACAUUAGCAAACACCAUCCGGCCAACGAGAACCUCGUCCUCUGUCCCCCGGCCAUCUUCCUUAACCUCUACGAAAUCUACCUGGGAUCCCGCGGCCGCACCCACGAGGAACUGGACGCUUUCUUCGAAGCCUCCCCGGCCAGUCUGACCGCCCUCACCGAGGACAUCCGCAAUUUCAUUGACCUGGGUCACUCCUCGCGGCGCAACCGCCAUUACAACUGGCACACCGGCAGCCGCAUCAUGGCCACGCCCCAGACCGAUUUCGAUCCCCGCUUCACGCAGGCCAUCGAUAAGGUCACCGGCCGGGGCAUCGGACACAUCGAUUCCCGGGAUGAAUUGAAUGUUAGUUUGGAUCGACUAACAGCGGAACUGACGGAGGACCGCCUCUCCGGGGCGGACGCCGCACCGCGCGCAAUAUCGGCCGGGGAGAAAGAAGCGUUAGGGGCCAUUACUAAAGCCUGGGGAAAGGAUCCCGAUGCGGCGUUCCUUAUGAGUGCCGCGCAUUUCCAUGCUGAUUGGGAGGCGAAGUUUAUGAAGAGGGCCUCGAGCAACUAUGAGGGGCGGAUGCGGCAGAAUGUGCAGGCGCUCACCGCUACCGUGGAGCCGUUCCAUAAUGCCGAUGGAUCGGUAGUUGACGUCAUUAUGGUACACUUGCAGGAAAAGAUAUUUUUGACACGUGAUGAAAAUCUAAAGGUCACCAUAGCGGAAAUCCCCUUAUCCCACUAUUCCAUGAACAUGACCGUUAUCCUGCCGGACGAUGCCAAAUCCGGUUUGAAGAACUUUGAAAAUAACUUCACUUGCGAAACGCUGGAAAUUCUGCGCAAAGACUGGCAGAUGCCGCAGACGCAUGUGUACUUCCCGAAAUUCGCACUGGAAAGCCAUUUAGGCCUGUCGAAGGCGCUGCAGAGUAUGGGCUUGAAAGGUCUCUUCACCCCGCAGUCCAAUGGGGAUCUCAGCCCGGCCGGAAAUGGCAAGCUACACAUCGUGGAAGCCAUUCACAAAGCCGGCGUCGAAAUCUCGGCGGAAACCGGUGAACCGCUGCCGCCACGGCAGCCACGCGCGGGCGAAUGCUCCGUUAUGCGGCCUGACACGUUCGCCCGCGGCCUGCGCCUGGAUCGGCCGUUCCUGUUCUUCAUCACGGCGCGCCAUCCGGAAGUGUGGUGUUUCAUGGGCAAGGUGGUGGAUCUGACGCACACGGUCAAUCCCGAAGUGUGGAGUCACCACAAACGCAAGGAUCGCACCGAGUUUAACGAGUAAUACCAUUAUGCGCAGUAAAUCCAACCGGAAAUGUAUGAAUGGUUUAGAGAAUUUUACUGGAAUUCGUCCGAUCUGCAAUCAGAAUGUUAUGUUUUAAAGGACGCAGUGCAGUAGAUUUUUAUUUUCACGUACCAGUAUGCGCAAUCCUCUUUAUUUUAUCCACUUCCGGUAUUGCAAACAAAUUCUGAUCAGUGCUAUACUUAUUGUGUUGCCAGCAUGUUACGCCAAACGUUUUGCCGAAAAAAUAGUACAAUAUUAUAAUUAUGCGUGCAACAGUUAAUAAAAUUACGAUUUGUU